AUGCUGAAAAUUGGAUCUCUUCCCAUCAUCGAACCAGACAAAAUCGAUGAUGUCGCAAGCACUUUGUUAAAGCCCCAGUUUGUAGCAAUGAAAACCAAGAAUUUUUCGAUUGCACCUGGCUUAUUACAAAGUUUUUGGAAUAACAUGCGAAAUCAGAAAUUCGCAGAACUUGCUUUAUCGCAAUUUUUAUCGCUAUGCAUUGGCGAUAUCGAAAAAACUAAAACGAAGGAAGUUUACACAGCUCCUCCUUAUAUGAAUUCGAUUUUAUCUGUUUUACUUAACAUUGCGAUUACAUACGGCUGCGUUUUCAGCAAAGAUUCAUACGCCCCAUAUAUCGAAAAAAUCUUUGCUUUUAAUAUCCCUGAAGUAACCAUUGUUCUUGCGAAAAUUCAGUAUUAUUUAACAACAAAACUAACAUUCAGAAAUAUGAUUGACGGACUUUUGUCGGACCAAAAGUCUAAAUUACUCAAUGAAUUAACAUGGUCACUUCUGAUGUUAAAAAUGCUCAGGUUUUUAAACACCGCGAGCCAAGAAGAAGCCCAGCCAUUAUUUGAUGACUUGAAAGCCAAGCUCGAUUGCUCCGUAAAUUUCACAGAAUCCAUCAUUAUCCUCCAUUUUAUUCAAUUAAUUUUAACUUGCUUCCCAGGAAAGUACACGACGUAUUUGGACCGAUGCCUUCCAUUUAUAGUCACUUUCCUUGCAAAGCCAAUGCCUGUUUCUAAAAUGGCUCAUGAUAUCGGAGCCGAAAUCAAACGAGAACUCCAGUACCCAGGAGCAGCAUACUAUCAGCGCCUCCAGGAUAUAUCAUCAAUGAACAUCGCAUUCGAUGGCGCAAUUCCUGUCCUUUUCGACCAAAGAGCUUCAAUUUUCACAAAUUAUUGCUACUCCCUUUCCACAAAAUUCCAGAACAUACAGGCAUGCUACAUUAAUUUUGCCAAAUUCUUCGUACAAAAUACUCUCAGAACGUCGAAGGAUUUCUCAAUCGACAGAUUGGUCAAUAUAAUCAACACUCUUUCUUUCGAUGAAGAGUCCAUCACGUCAAUAAAGACUAAAUACAAAAUAAAGGAAGAUAUCCCGCCGGAACAAGUCAUCUCCUCCAAGGCAAUGCAGCCAUUAGUUUUCCCAUUGAAUAUGUGCCGUCUUUCCCUCAAUUUCCAGCCGAACGCGGCUAUGCUUACACCGCUCGAUGCAAAUACCUACAUGUUCAUGACGCCAAUACCAGCAUUAUUGAACAGAACAUUCGUAGAUGCAACGAUCGCACGCGCAGCACAACUUACCGACGAAACAUCAAUUGUCAACCAGCCACUAUUUAUUGCCGGUGACGAUCUGAUUGUUUCUUCAGUUUUACAAGGAAUUGUCUGCACAUUACUCGACAAAUCGAAACAGCUCUCAAGAGUAUUCUUCACUGUUUACUUACUGCCUAUAGAUGACAGUUCCGUGAACGAACUUGCCAAUUCCAUCGCAAAACGCGAUCCAAUUUACGCAUCUUUCGUUCGCAGUGCAUUUACAGGCGCCGCAGGUACAGCUCCAACGCAUAACGAAGAAUCUACAGCAGAUUUCCCACCAAUUCUCGAGAAAACCAGUAGUACGUCAAAUAAUAUCUGGUUCUCCGACCCAUCUCCACUUAAUACGAUCCAAUUCGCCAUACAGCACUUCCUAGCAUUCGCAAGGAACGCAGUAAUGGUCAAUAUUUGGACGGCAGAGCUUGUUACAGAUGCAGAUCCUCUCAAAACAAUUAUUGUUCCUUGGAUGACGUCAAUCCACAUCGGAGACAUUUUCGCAGGCCAAACGAUCACGAAAAUCCCAGAAGUUUCUCCGAAAUCCGUUUUCAGAAUGAGCGUAACCGAGGUUAUGAGAGGAACAGAGACAUACGAUAAGGCCAAGCUUACUUCCCUUUCAGUCUGGAACGUCGGAGGAGACUCAAAUAUCAAACCAAGCGAUAAUUGGGUCUUCAUCGAGUGGACAAAGAAGAAUUUCGAGCUCACAGAGACAAACAGACGUCCGAAAUUCGCUGACAAGAUCACUUCAAAGCUCGUAACAGAAUGGAAACUCGAAGCAUCAGAAAAAUCUCCACCAUUCUCGGUUUUGAUCGACCAAAGAGUUUACGGACCUCUUAAAUCAAUAAGAGUGACCAAGAUGCAAGAUCCAUACCAACCAAACGAACAGCUCAAGUUGAGAUUGGCUACUUUCCAGAUCUGUAACUAA